CUACCAUAGCAGUUACAGAGAUCGUCGUCUCAAAUCUAAUCUCCGUCGCCGGAAAACAGGUGCCGCCGGGAAACAGGUACUUCCGUGCCGGCGUUCAGGCUAUUCAAUCCACAGGGCCUUUGUGCAUCUGAAACAUCUACUUCCCAUAACAUUUGCUCCUAAGUUAGUUUUGGCAUGGGAGCUUUCACAGUAUCAGGCUCAUCAUCACGUUCUCCUUUGGGAUUGGCUGCAGCUUUCUCAUCCUACCGAUCUUCAAUUAAAAAACCUGUGAUUUUGGCAUUUAAGACAGAUAAGACAAAGAGCACAGCCCUAGUUACACCAACUGAAUCCAUUUCCUUACCCACGGAGAACCCUAAAGAUAAAACAAAAAGGUUGAGGCUGACUGCGAAGCAUGUUAAAAGAGUAAAAGCACUUGCAACAGUUGAAUUGUCACCCUGCAAUUUGGAACUGGAUUAUAAUGAAGCCGCUGCCAAACUCGAAAACUUAUUCAAACUAAGCCCUGAAGUUGAAGAUAUCUCAAUAGAAGAGGAUAUGAGCAACAUAUCACGGAAAGGGAAGCACAAGAAGGCAAAGAUUGAUGAAGAAGAUAACUUGAAAUCACAAAAGAAAAUUGGUAGUAAAAGAGUAGUCAACAACAGAAACAAGGUUCCAAAACGACUAACUCUUGAGAAGAGGAUAGCUUUAAGAACACAAAGAGAAGGUGAAUUAAUAUCUUCUAGACAGCAAAGCAAAGACGAAGAGAAUGAAAUUGACCGGAUUAACAACCUUGUCAAGGAUUAUUCUGUUUCAAGAGAAUCAGUGAGCUUGGACUGGAAGAAGAUGAAGAUACCUUCUGUACUACCUUCCACUGAGUCUUACUGGCUUUUCCAGUUAAUGCAGCCUAUGAAGGCGAUUUUUCAAGUCAAGCUAAGCUUGCAACAGGAUUUGGAACGAGAACCCACAGAUGGUGAGCUAGCGAAGGCAACAAAUUUGACUGUUGCUGAAGUAAGAAAGCAAUUGGGAGUUGGUCAAGCAGCCAGAAAUAAACUCAUUAAGCACAAUCUCCGGCUGGUUUUGUUCGUGAUAAAAAAAUAUUUCCAGGAGUUUUCUACCAGCCCCAAGUUUCAGGACCUCUGCCAAGCAGGUGUAAAGGGACUGAUUACAGCCAUUGAUCGUUUCGAACCUGAAAGGAAGUUUCGCCUCUCAACCUACGGUUUAUUUUGGAUUAGGCAUGCCAUCAUCCGGUCCAUGACAACAUCAAACUUUACCCGCAUUCCCUUCGGCCUGGAAUCAGUUAGAAUAGAAAUCCAAAGAGCGAAGCUGGAACUGUUGUUUGAGCUGAAGAGAUUACCGACAAACGAAGAGAUCAUGAAGAAAGUUGGAAUCUCUCCGGAGAGGUACAAUGAAGUAAUGAAUUCAUCGAAACCGGCCUUAUCUCUACACUCAAGGCAUGCUACAACACAAGAAGAACUCAUUAACGGAAUAGCUGACACCGACCACGUGGGAGGCGACAAGAGGAAGAGACAGCCCGCCCUUCUUAGACUUGCCCUGGAUGAUGUGCUUGAUUCUCUGAAGCCGAAAGAAAGCUUGGUUAUCAGACAGAGAUUUGGGUUAGAUGGAAAAGGCGAAAGAACGUUGGGAGAGAUUGCGGGGAAUUUGAGUAUUUCAAGAGAAAUGGUCCGUAAACACGAAGUGAAAGCUCUCAUGAAGCUCAAACAUCCUACCAGAGUUGAUCACCUUCGCCAUUACGUUUAUUGAAACAGACACGACCAUUCAUUCAAUCCACCCCCAAUUUGGUCAGUUUAUUUGAAAUCUCCUUUUUUAUGCUAAUAGAAAUCAAACCAUUACUAUUGUGUUGUAUAUAUAUAUAUAUCAUCAAGUACAAAGGAUAUGAGAAAUCACAACAAAAAGUUCAUAUUACUAAUAUUUUAUGUAACUUAGAAAACUAAGUGUAUAUUAGAUUAUUUAUAUGUUUCUUUAUUUGACAAAAGAUUAUCUAUCUAAUAUAGUUAUCUUAAUCAA